GCGAAGCUGACGUCUUCGCAACGGUGAGUCCCGUCGUUGUUUACGCUACCGGGCCGUGGUCGUCCUCCGAUCUACAGGCGCUAUUUCGGCUUAUUCCUCCCAGGGCUAUCUGACUAACUUGGCCUUUCUCGUCGUUCAGAUUCCUUCCUGUCUUCUCGAUCCCCCGAAAUUCGAACGGUCUAUAUAAUCCUAGGGAACGCUCGGCCGGUGAUAACAUCUGGGAAAGCGUCAGCGUGGACGGUGACCGUGCCUGAUGCCGACAUCUGUACAACGUCUUUUAUUCGAACAAUCCUUUCUUUCCGGCCUGUCCUCCGCGUCCGGCGAGCCAGUAUAGUAGACGCACCCUGGCGGUCAUGUCUUUUCAGUAUCCUCCAAACAAUCCAUCGCUUUCUCCUUCUCCUCAGCGACCGUUCGAAAGCCACAAUUGGCGAGCUGCGAGCCGGAGCCCCGGUGCCGGUGGGCUACCGGGUUAUGGGAUUUCGCAGUCCGCGGGGGUAUCCAACAACCUGAACAAUCUAUUCGGUGGGGAUCGCACUCUCCCGAUGUACAAAGACAAGCCCUAUUUCGCGCCGCGGCGCACGGGACCAAGACACAGGCGGGGGAAGAUUAUAAAAGGCGGGAUCAUGCUGUUGUUCCUGGGGCUCGUCUGGUACUACGUGUCUAGUCCGAGUGACUGGGGUAAGCCUGUCUUAAGCACGCCGGACUCGGCCAAAGGAGAGGAGCUCUGGGCCUGGGUGCAAAGCUUGGAUGAAACGGACCCGGCCUACGACGGCGGCAAACCAAAGCCCGUCGAUUGGGCCGCCCGCCGGGAGAAGGUCCGCGAUACGUUCGUUGUCAGCUGGGAUGGCUACGAGAAGUAUGCAUGGGGAUUGGAUGUGUUCCAUCCCAUUGCAAAAGACGGCAGAACCAUGGUGGCCGGUGGCAUGGGCUGGAUGAUCGUCGAUGCGCUGGACACAAUGAUGAUCAUGAAUCUCACCUCGCGGGUGCAGCAUGCUCGCAGCUGGAUUCAUUACUCCCUCCGCUACGACCAAGACCACGACGUGAGCACCUUCGAGACGACCAUUCGCAUGCUGGGAGGUCUUCUGUCGGCCCACUACCUCUCCACGGCCUAUCCUCAACUAGCCCCGGUCGCCGACGACGACGUGGGCUCCCCCUGGGAAGACCUGUACAUUGAGAAGGCCACCGACCUGGCUGACCGACUGGCGGGAGCCUUCGAAUCCUCGUCGGGGAUACCCUAUGCCAGUGUGAACCUCAAUACGUCCAAGGGGAUCCCGUCGCACGCCGAUAAUGGAGCUUCCUCCACCGCCGAGGCCACCUCCGUGCAGCUGGAGUUUAAGUAUCUGGCGAAGCUGACUGGCGAGGCUGAGUACUGGCGCAUCGUGGAGAAGGUAAUGGAAAUCGUGGAUGACCAAAAGGUGGAGGAUGGCCUCGUCCCGAUCUACCUAUAUCCAGACUCGGGCAAGUUCAGAGGAAACAAUAUCCGUCUCGGCAGUCGGGGCGACUCCUAUUACGAGUACCUCAUCAAACAGUAUCACCAGACCUAUGAGCAAGAGCCUGUGUACAAAGAGAUGUGGGACGAGGCCCUCAUGGGGAUCCGCAAGCACUUGAUCGCCUACACCAAAAACGCCCAGUUGAUGAUCCUGGGCGAACGACCCACGGGGCUCGGCGAGUCCCUUUCACCUAAGAUGGACCAUUUGGUCUGCUUCUUGCCCGGGACGAUCGCCUUGGGUGCGACGGGCGGGCUGCCCCUUUCGCAGGCGAAGAAACUCCCGACGUGGAGCCAUCGGCAUGACGAAGAGAUCCUGGUUGCCAAAGAGCUGAUGAAGACCUGCUGGGCAACGUAUCUCGCCACCUCGACCGGCCUUGCGCCCGAAAUCACCUACUUCCUCACGGACGACCCUCCCGUGAUGCUGAGCGACAUGUAUCCCGACUCCACCAUGACCGCGGCCGACUCCAAGUCCCAGCAAGAAGACCUGCCCCUUAAAUCCAAGCCUCUCUAUCCGCUGGAUGACGAGACCUCCAACUGGCGCGAGGACAUCAACAUCCACAGCCAGGACCGACACAACCUGCAACGGCCCGAGACCGUCGAAUCCCUGCUGUACAUGUACCGCAUCACCGGGGACGAAACCUACCGCCACUGGGGGUGGGAGAUGUUCAAGUCCUUUGUGCGCCACACGGCCGUGGUCGAGCACGAUGCGCCGGCGCCGGCCGCCGACUCUGGAGCCGAAGCCGACGCCAACAGUGAGGGUGCCAGCGUCGAAGCGCAGGGGAAAUCCCGCAUCGUGGGCUUCACCUCGCUAUCCAACGCCAACACCCUGCCCCCCAAGCGCAGAGACAACACGGAGAGUUUCUGGAUGGCCGAAACCCUCAAGUACUUCUAUCUCCUGUUCUCCGAGCGGGAUUUCCUUCCUCUCGAAGAAACCGUCUUCAACACCGAGGCGCAUCCGAUGCCACGGUUCAAACCGAGUGGAGAUCUAAAAACGGGGUGGGCACGGAAGCCGCGAGAUUCGUGAGAGAUCUUGAGUUGGAUUUGAAAUGAUUUGUGCUAUGUUCCUUAUUUGUAUUUUUCUUUUCUUUUUGAUUUGUUGUUCUUGUUGCGACGACUUUUUAGGAUGAAAAUACAUGAUAGGAAUAGAAGGGAUGGGGUUAUUACUAUUGUUU